AAAGAUUUUGUUUGUUUCCUCCAUGUUCAGGGUAGAGGCUUUCCGUGACGCAGCGUCUGCUAUGGAGCAAGAGAAGGAAAUCCUGCUGGAGAUGAUCCACAACAUCCAGAACAGCCAGGACAUGCGGCACAUCAGCGAAGGUGAAAGGGAAGAGCUAAAUCUGACGGCUAAUCGUCUGAUGGGCCGAACCCUCACAGUGGAGGUUUCUGUGGACACAAUCCGCAAUGCCCAGCAUCAGGAAUCCCUACUGCACGCCACAAAGAUGAUCGAUGAAAUCGUCAACAAGCUCCUCGAUGACCUGGAAGAUGCCAAGAUCCGGCUGCUGUCACUGUACGGCGCAUGCACGUCCGACGUGCCCGCGGGACCCAUCGAUCAGAAGUUCCAGUCAGUUGUCAUUGGAUGCGCUAUUGAGGAUCAGAAGAAAAUCAAGAGGAGGCUAGAGACUCUGCUGAGAAACUUGGAAAAUUCCGAGAAGUCCAUCACGUUGCUAGAACACCAGAAAUCAGCUACUCGACAAUCUUGCAACAGCAAACAGGAUUAG